AACUGAUUCCCCAUCCCCUUUCGUCUCUCCCUCACCUACUGCUUCUUCCUCCUCUCACCCAAAAUUCCCCUCCUGCGGCUAUCCAAUUCCUUGCUAGAGUUCAGGUCAUUACAUGCCCGCCCGGGAUGCGGCUCUUGUGCUCGUCAAGGUCGUCCUUCCUCCGGUCCCUGUCCCAGGACAAGCAGAAGCAGCAGCAGCGUCAAGUCGCAGGACCCGACGGCGGCGGAUGAGGAGGAGGACAUGGACCCUUGAUGGUCGCCCCCCACGACCUCUUUUCUUCAUCGACGCCAAGGACGACCCAGCCAGCCAUCAAGCAAGCAAAACAAAGUGCACUAUGCUGCAGAUCGAGCACGCCAUCGGAUGGAUCCAUCAAGGGCUUCUUGGAAUUGAAGGUGCCGGGAGAGGAAGGCUGCCUGCUUGCCCGACGACGCGCUUCCACUCCACUGAUUGGUUCGUCGUAGGACAUGAUGGAGGAGGAGAAAGAUUCUCCCGCUGGCCUGCUGAUGGGUUCGUCCGAGCAAGACCUCUUCUCUUCAUCAACACCAAGAGCGACCACAACCAACACUCAAGCACAGGAGGGUGACUGAUCUGAUUUGAGGGGACCAAGCAUCAAGUUUUCUCCCUUGCUAAAUGCACAACACCCAACACAAGCGUGAGUUUACUAUCCUUGUGUAUUUUGUACCAACUCACUCUCUACUUCUUCUGACAUGAUCACCAUAAUAUGGAAACUGGAAAUUCUCUUUGCAUAAUAGGGUUCUAAGGAAUUGCUUCGAUUCAUAUGGGCCAAUAGCUCCUGUGCGACGUUUUUGAGGUGAAUUGGCAAAAGUGCGACGUUGUUCGAGCGAAUGGCUGUGGUGCGACACAUUUGAGCGUGUAAAUAGCCCAGGGCCACAUGGGGUGUUAAAUGUGGUUAAAUUGGUCGUCAACCAAGCCCGCCCGUUUAUGUUAGGACAUGUGGGUCCAACUUAAUUGUUCCUCAAAACAGCUGACCGUGCCCUGCCGCCCGACCGUGCUGGGCCCGCCACUCUGCCCCCCUUCUUCUCCGGUGGCGGCGGAUCUUGCGUUCUCGGUGGCGGCGGCGGAGCCCUCGUUCUCAACGGCAGCGGAGCCUUCAUCAUAAGAAAAUGGUGAGUGAAUUCAAACCCUAGUCGCCCUCCCGUUCCUCUCUCGGGCCCGAAGAUCUCAGCUCGUUUUCUCUGUUUUCACUUGCGGAAUCGAUAGGUUGUGAGGGGAGUCCGUGGGCAUACUGAGAUGGAGCCGCCAGAUUCAACUUCGAAUAGGUAAUGCGCCUCUCUCCGAUCCAAUUUUGCAUGCAAUUAGGGGGUAGCCUCGUCUGCUCUUUCUCACGGGCUCACACUGUCCGCCACUGACAGAGGGGAUGCUGCCGCUCGGACCUUCGAAUUGAUAGUCAAUUUCUUUCCAUCAAAGGCAAAAUUAGUUGAUGGUAGCAUACAGAACAUUGAGAGAGACACAAUUGUUAAAUGGGAGGUUGAGUUUACAGAGAUUGAUCCACAAGUUCUACAGAACAUGGGAGAGACGGCAGUGAAGAAAUGGGUGGAAAAAAUUGGGGAGAAUAUAGUUUGGGGUCCAGAGCAAGAAGUAUCACUGUUGCGGUUUGAUGAUUGGAA